AAAACCCAGAUUGCCCUCGAAUACCUCUAUCGGUGCGGAAGCGAGAGCGAUUGUGAUAUUUACUGGGUGCACGGGAGUGGGCUACCAACAUUUAGUGACGAAUUUAGAGCUAUUGCACAACAUGGUCGAAUCCCCCUAGCCGGCACCGAGACAGACGAAGAGGGAUUCCUAUUGAAUGUUAAGAGGUGGUUUCAAGGUCCAGACAGUGGCCAUUGGAUACUAGUUAUCGACAACGCCGACAACGAGGAGGACUUUAUCGGCAACAGCGGUCGUAUCUCCAAAUUUGUGCCACAGGGGCCUCGGGGCACCCUAAUAUUCACCACUCGAUCACUCCAGGUUGCAUUGCGGCAGGGUUGUGAAAGGAUAGAAAUCGGAAAAAUGGAGGACGAUGAAGCACAAGCAUUGUUUUUGAAACACUUAGUCCACUAUCACAUCCCGAGCGAUAAAGAGCAACAGGCGAUCAAUAUGAUCCUAAAUUCCAUACAUCGCAUCCCGCUGGCUAUCAUAGGAGCGGCAGCCUUCAUGACUGAAACCCAGAUACCGCCAUCCACCUACUGGACUAUUUUCCGGGGAAGCGACGAACAGGCGAAGAGACUUCUUUCACGGCCCUUUUGCGACAUCCGACGAGAGGCCGAUAUGACCCAAAGUAUCCUAGCUACGUACUUUAUCACCUUUGACCUAAUCACGAGGCAGAUGCCCCUAGCUGCGGAUCUUUUGCGUUUAAUUGCAUCCUUAGAUCGCCAGAACAUACCCGAAGAGCUGCUCAGCCAAAGUGGUUUGGACGGAAUAGACGAUCAAAUUCAGUUUCUUGAGGCCAUCGGAAAACUAUUAGGAUUUUCGCUUGUCACGAGAGUCGAAUGCGAGGACCAGAAACUUUACGAGCUUCAUCGAUUGGUGCAACUGUCUUUGCAAGUGUAUUUACCAACGGAAGAGUUGAGUCGAUGGAGGGCCACUGCACUGAAAGUGGUCUCAAGACUGUUCCCUCGGCGUUGGGCCACAUGGAGAGAUGUUAGUUCUGUCUAUAUUCCACACGUACUUGUAGUAACAGAAAAUUCGACGGAUCCCAUUGCCGAGGAGCUUUGUUUUCGCCUGGGACUGUACUUUAGGGAUAUGGGUUCCUACAAUAACGCAGAAACUCAAUUCCGUCGGUGUAUCGCACUUCGGGAAGAGCAUAAAGGGUAUGCCUGGGAUGAGGAGGGCCCAAAGAGAGUUAUAUGCCUAGGUUCGAUAAGCAUAGAGCAAGGAAAGGCAAAUGUGGCUGAGAACAUCUUUCGGAGUUUAUUGGACGAUAUUGAGAAAUCACUGAAUCCAGAUAAUCGGAUUGUUCUGUGGGUUAUCAGCUUCCUGUCUGUGGCGCUGGACCGCCAAGGAAAGCACAAUGAAUCAGAGGCGCUGUAUAGGCGACAUCUGGAGGGGCUUAAGAACGUUCUUGGACCAGACCGCCCAGAGGUCCUAAAAACUGUCACCGACCUAGCUACAGUGCUGCAAGCCCAAGAAAAGUACAGUGAAUCAGAGACGAUGAAUCGGCGUGCGCUAGGGGGGUCCGACAAGAUUAUGAGGGCAGACAGCCGAGACAUCCUAGUAUGUGUCAACAACCUGGCUAAGGUGCUGCGAUCCCAAAGAAGGUACAGUGAAGCAGAGACGAUGCACCGACACGCGCUGGAGGGGUGCGAGAAGAUUCUUGGUCCAGACCACCCAGACACCUUAACAUGCGUUAACAACCUAGCUCUUACGCUGCGCUACCAAAAAAUGUACGAUGAAUCGGAGACGAUGAAUCGGCGUGUGCUGGAGAGGGAGGAGACGAUUCUUGGACCAGAUCACCCAAACACCCUAACCAGUGUCAACAACCUGGCUCUGGUGCUGAAAGACCAAGGAAAGUACGACGAAUCAGAGAAGAUGCAUCGGCAUGCACUGGAGGGGCGCGAGAAGAUUCUUGGACCAGACCACCCUGACACCCUAACCAGUGUCAACAACCUGGCUCUGGUACUGCGGGAGCAAGGAAAGUACGGUGAAUCAGAGAAGAUGCAUCGGCAUGCACUGGAGGGGCGCGAGAAGAUUCUUGGACCAGACCACCCAAACACCCUAACCAGUGUCAACAACCUGGCUCUGGUGCUGCACGGCCAAGGAAAAUACGACAAAUCAGAGAAGAUGCAUCGGCGCGCGCUGGAGGGGCGCGAGAAGAUU